AUGUCUUCCACUCUUUACAUCAUUGAAAAAUCUCCAAGAGGCCAGCUCGUCUCAGAUCUGGUAAAGUAUUUGAAUCUUGACGUUAAGAUCGUCACUGAUAGAGAAUCAGAUUCAACUUUUAAGAAAAACUUUCCAUUAGGAAAGAUUCCUGCAUUCCUUGGCAAAAAUGGUUUCAAAUUAACUGAAACCAUCGCUGUCAUCUAUUACCUUGUCACCUUGACCAAUGACGAAAAAAUUCAAAAUCAACUAGCCGGUUCCACUGCUGAAGAAAAGGCUAGCAUCUUGAAAUGGGUUUCAUUUGCCAACUCUGAUGCUGCUAGAGCAGCUGCUUCAGCUGUCUUUUUACUAGUUGGUCUAAAACCUUUCAACAAGAAGGAAUUAGAUACUUCUUUGGAAGCUCUAGAACAGUAUGCUCAGGCUUUUGAACAAAGACUUUCGGAAUACACUUACUUGGCUACUGAAAAUGUCACUCUUGCUGAUAUCGUGUCUUAUUACAUCUGGGCCUUUUCAUUCUCAUCUGCUCUUGGCGCUGAUUUCAGAAAGAAGCACCCUCAAUUGACAAGAUGGUUCAACACCAUUGGUGCUCACCCAAGCGUGCAAUUUUCUCACAAGGGUUUCAAACCUGUGGAAAAGGCUCUUGAGCCACCUCAAGGUAAGAAGAAGGAGCAAAAGAAGGAACAAAAGAAGGAACAACCAAAGCAAGAAGCCGCCCAAAAGGCUCCUGCUGCUCAACAACCAGCUCAAGAGAAGAAACCAAAACACCCAUUGGAAGUAUUGGGUAAGUCAUCUUUCCCACUUGAAGACUGGAAGAGAAAGUACAUGAAUGAAGACACUAGGCCAAGUUCAUUGCCAUGGUUCUGGGAAAACUACAACCCUGAAGAAUGGUCUCUUUGGAAGGUUGAAUACAAAUAUAACGAUGAAUUGACUUUGACUUUUAUGUCCAACAAUUUGAUCGGUGGUUUCUUCACCAGAUUAUUUGCAUCCGUUAAAUACAUGUUCGGUUGUUUGGUUGUUUACGGUGAAAACAACAACAACGGUAUCAUCGGUGCCAUCAUGGUUAGAGGCCAAGAUUACGCAAAGGCCUUCGAUGUGGCUCCAGACUGGGAAUCUUACAAUUUCACCAAAUUGGACGCUACUAAGCCAGAAGACAAGGCCUUCGUCGAAGACAUGUGGGCUUGGGACAAGCCAGUUAUCGUCAAUGGUGAACCAAGAGAAAUCUCUGACGGUAAAGUCUUGAAAUGA